UGAAAAACAAAUUAAGAAGAACGCAUUGGUUUUGUUGAUCGAUUCAUGCGAUUGUUGUGAAUGUUGAAGCAGUGAAGUGAGAAUGGCGGCAGGUGCAGAAAACGUGCCUCCUUUCAUCACUGCUCAGCUCAAUCACCUUCUCUCUCAAUUCCGUCUCACCCUAAAGGUUGAACAAGUGUGGUCCAGUGACAAGUACAAUUCUGGUUCCUUCGAUCGCUUCACCCUCCUCAUUCCCUAUUGUUUGGAUUUCAUCAAGUGGGACGUUAUAUACAACGCUGAGUCUCCAACGGUUGCGCCCGAUGUUAUUUUCGGCCCCGAAGAUGAUGGUUUUCAUCCCUUUCAUAUGUCUCCUUCUGUUGAAGAAAGUUCCCAAUUCAGUAACUGUUUGUCGGAUUGGAACUACAAAGACCCCGCGCGUCUCUUGCACCUUAUUCAAUUUUUGAGGGAUCAGUAUGUGUUGUACCAGAGGAAGCGUGUUGGAGAAGUCGAUGAUGAUCGGUUGAAGUUCGAAAUCAGCACUAUUUUGAACAGGGAGGGAAUAGAAAUGCACAUGAUUUCUGGUGCUGAGAAGUGUAGUCAGGAGGUGAAAUUUGCUGUGCCCCUGCUGGACAUGAACAUAAACAAGAUGGUGUCUGGUUGUCCCUGGAGACAUUCGCAGAAGAUAUAUUUACAGGUUGUGUAUCCUGUUGGGAAAAAGUAUGUGUCUGCUCCUGCAGCUCCUCGCCUGAAGUUAGUAUCUUCUUCUGAGUUGAAAGCCCUAGUUUCCAUUGAUGAUGUCAAGCUGCCACCCUGGUUGGAUGGGAUGUGCUUGGCAGAAUAUCUUCCAAAUCUGGAAGAAUAUCUUGAGAAACAGGUCCUUGAGGCUGUUUCAUUAAUUGAUUUUAGAAGGCACUUCAUCGAAGCAUUGGCCAGUCAGUUUGGAAGACCUGUUGAAGCUGAUCCUGUCUUUUGUAGGAAGGCAACUUUUCUUGCUGCUUCUGGUGUUUUCACAUUCUUGGUACACUUCCUAAUUCCAACUCAGUUUCCAAAGCAACAGCCAGCUCUUACGCUUCAAAGUUCACAGCAUUUUAAUUCCCAAAUGGCACCGAUGAAGUCACGUCUUAUGGCUGAUUACCCAUGGAGUCCGAGAUGGGAACCAUCGCAGAUGGCUGAGCGCAUAUACGAAUUUCUAACAGAUGAGGCCUUGAACUUCAAGAGGCAAUGUAGCGAGGGUCAGGUUCAACAGUAAAUUGGCAGAGCAUCUUCUGCUCAAUCUUAAUGUUGUGUCAAUCUCGGAAGUUGUUAAUUGAGAGUUCUGUUACGUAGGUCUGCUCGGUCAAUGCUUUUGUUUUUUAAAGUUCGAGCUUAAAUGAAUUGCCGUUUUAACUUUUUCUUGUAUUCCGGUCAAUAUCAUCGUGUUGCUAGUUCUGCAUGUCGAGGUUUAUCAUUUUCUCAAAUCUUCUAGUAUCGUGUCAUGUAUAUACUUUUUCCUCCUUUUUAUAUCACAUGUAUUCUCUGCUGGAAACAGUUCUGUUUGAAACAUUUACAACUUAGUGAGGCUUGUUCUCCUAAGGGAAUUUUUUUUCC